AUGAGAGAAAUUCGAUUUGACAUUGUUCAUAUAAAUGCAUCAGGGUAUAAAUGGCUUCGAAUUCCAAGAGUCACAGAUAGAAUCAGUGACUUACCAGAUUCACUUCUUUGUCACAUCCUUUCCUUUAUUCCAACAAAGUACUCUGUAAGCACCAGCAUUUUGUCUGCAAGGUGGAAGAGAGUCUGGGCCUCUGUUCCCUGUCUAGAGUUUUAUGACGGACUUUUUCCGGACUUUGAAAGUUUUGUGUUGUUUGUUAGUCGUGUACUUUACUUUCAUAACUCAUCAAACAUUCAAAAGUUCAAACUAGAAUGCUACAAUGCUGAGUGUUUCUUUCAUAUUUAUGGUUGGAUUCGCACCGCCAUUAUGCAUAAUCUUGUUGAACUUGAUCUUUGUGUUGAAAAAGAUGGAUCACAUUCAGAGGACGAGCGUCUCGAGUUGCCUAAGAGCCUUUUCAUGUGCAAAACACUGGUUGUUUUGAAACUGCAGUCAACUUUUGUCAUCAAUACUCCUACUUCAUGGUGUUUGUCAUGUCUCAAGGUUCCGUUCAUUACAGUUUAUCAUCCUGAUAAUGACCCGAUGGAAAAGCUUUUGCCUGGCUGCCCUGCACUUAAAGAUUUGGCUAUAUCUGGAACUGUGGGAGAAGGUUAUUUGAAUUUCAACGUCUCUGCGCUUGAACUUAAGAAGUUAAGAAUCAAUCUUGACACUGUAGAAGAUUAUAGUUUGGCUGAUUAUAAUGAAGCUUUUGUUAGAGCUCCAAAGCUCGAAUACUUUGGUCUCAAGCAGACCGCUUUGUCAAAUUCUGUUUUGGAGAAUUCGAAGUCUUUAGUCAAAGCCACUAUUGAUCUCAAUUACCACACAGCAACUGAACAUUCUGGCUUUGCUGGCCGUGCGACUGCACUUUUGAAAGGGAUGGGAAAUAUCGUUGGUUUAAUUUAUUUAGUUUAUCUGAUUCUGGAAAUUUAUGUUUUGAAAGGGUAUAACCCAAUUAAUUUCUCCUCGAGUUUCUGUUUGAUGAAUAAUCUAUGUUUCAUGAAGGAGAAUUGUGAUCUGCCUGUUUUUGGUAAUUUGAACCAAUUGAGACUGGUUCUUCAUUGUUGCUGUUCUUGGUGGGCAGAGUUGCUGAAGAGAUCACCUAAUCUAGAAUCUCUUGUCUUAGAACACGACGUCUACAAUUGUGAUGGAAUAGCGGAAUAUGGUUUUGAAAAGAUGGAGCUACUUUGGCAUCCUCCUGAGUUGGUGCCAAAUUGUUUGUUGUCACACGUCAAGACUAUCUGUAUCAAAAGAUUCCUGGGAAGGGACGAUGACUUUGAAGUGGCAAAAUAUUUGUUAAAGAAUGGUAAAGUUUUGAAUAGCAUGAAAAUUUACACAGGUGACUUUUUUGUGUGUACAAAGGAGGAUAUGUUGGAGAAACUUUUAAUGUUUGAAAGGGGUUCUAAGACAUGUCAAGUUGAAAUUGCCUGAGAGUCCUUUCUUGUAAAAGCUUUUACAAGGUUGUUGUCUUGGAAGUUGAGUUCUAGUUUUUGGAAUGAUAUAAAUUGUAAAAUUACCUCAGUUGAUCUUCAGCUGGAUCUCUAUCUGCUACUCUCUUUACUCGUGGAUAGUUUGAGUAUCUUGAAUGCACUGUAUAUCUGUAUUCCGAAGAGAAUACAUUAUGGGUAGCCUGUUGACAAUUUCAUACUUUCUAAACUUUGAUUGGUGGAUUUACUCUGAACAAAAUCCCAACAAAGACAGAUUAUCUCGUGGAUUUUCUUCUGUUUUCUAAAAAAAUUCCGGUAAUGAUCACAUUUGAGUACAUUUCGAGUACUGUUGUAAAUAAUGUUGGUUGUAAUUCAACUUUUGUUAUCAGUUAAGUUGUAGCUGUUAUGUAAUCCUCAUUGCUUUCACUCUCCGAUCUAAUUUUUAGUCAGAUCGGCCUUCUUCGGAAGGCUGCAUGAGAUGGAAGUGGGAACUUUCUUGUUGGAGAAGGGUCAAGUUUUAAAAUAGCACAAUGACCAAGAUUACAAACGAGCAUAUGGCCCAAUGGGUGCAUUACUGGUCCUCCAAUGGAUUUCUCGAACAAUAAGUCAAUAACGAGAGUGGGCUUAUACGAAACUAGGUUUCACCUUCUUUUCAGUCUUGAUAAUGAAGGCACUUGAGGGUUGCAGACUCAUGAUCUUGAUUCUCGACGUACCCAUUUUCAUAGCCUUUCUUCUUAACAAUCAAGGUCCAUUUGUGAAGCUCU